AUGUCUGAUUACGUCGAACUAUUAAAAAGAGGUGGUAACGAAGCCAUAAAAAUUAAUCCCCCAACCGGUGCCGAUUUCCACAUCACGUCCCGUGGUUCAGAUUGGUUUUUUACCGUCUUUUGUAUUAAUUUACUAUUUGGAAUAGUCCUAAUCCCACUGAUGUUCAGGAAGCCAGUUAAGGAUAGAUUCGUAUACUAUACCGCGAUCGCCCCAAAUUUAUUCAUGUCUGUUGCUUAUUUUACCAUGGCUUCUAACUUGGGUUGGAUUCCAGUUAGAGCUAAAUACAACCAUGUUCAAACUUCUACUCAAAAGGAACAUCCAGGUUACAGACAAAUUUUCUAUGCUAGAUACGUCGGUUGGUUUUUGGCUUUUCCAUGGCCAAUUAUUCAAAUGUCUUUGUUAGGUGGUACUCCAUUAUGGCAAAUCGCAUUCAAUGUUGGUAUGACCGAAGUCUUCACCGUCUGUUGGUUGAUUGCCGCUUGUGUCCACUCCACUUACAAAUGGGGUUACUACACUAUCGGCCUUGGUGCUGCCAUUGUCGUUUGUAUUAGUUUGAUGACCACUACGUUCAACUUGGUCAAGGCUAAGGGUAAGGAUAUCGCCAAUGUUUUCAUUACAUUCAUGAGUGUUAUUAUGCUUUUGUGGUUGAUUGCCUACCCAACCUGUUUCGGUAUCACUGAUGGUGGUAACGUUUUACAACCUGAUUCUGCCGGUGUCUUUUUCGGUAUUAUCGACUUAUUGAUUUUAUCCGUCUUGCCAGUUCUUUUCAUGCCAUUGGCUAGCUAUCUGGGUCUUGAAAGAUUAGGUUUAAUCAUUGACGAAGAAGCUGAACAUGUCGGCCCAGUUGCAGAAAGGAAAAUGCCAUCCCCAGCUUCAUUCAAAUCAUCUGAUUCUGACUCCAGCCUUAAGGAAAAAUUAAAGCUAAAGAAGAAGCACAAGAAGGACAAAAAGAAGGCUAAGAAGGCCAAGAAGGCCAAAGAGGCCAAGAAGGUCGAAGAAGAGGAGGAAGAUGAUGCAGCCACUGAUUCUGAAUAG